AUGGCCAACCAAUGCUCCGGUCAUCGUUUCGCCAUUGUACAGGCAACGAACGGCAACAUCCUUACCUGGCGAUGUUCCGACUGCAACUCCGGCCCCUAUGUUGCCAUCUGGCAAUGCAAGAUCUGUCUCCAUUUUCGCUGCAACGCAUGCCACACCGCCAAAGCAUAG